UUGCAAUUUAUUUCCUGGUUAAAAAAAAAGCCGAAAUAAAAUAAAUCAAAUUUUCAUAUUUUUUUAAAAAGUGUAUAUAAUAAUAACUUUUAGUUUAUGAAGUAAUUUAAUCGUAAACAGCAGAUCAAAAAGAGAAUAAUAAAGAGGAAACAAGUCCUAUUGGCGUCAGUCACAGAGAAGACACAGAAGGCGGGAAAUCGAAUGGAGCAUGUGCCGGGAUCGUUCGGCACCAGCGCCAGUUUCGCUCUCCGUUUCGGCCAAACCAUUUUCUCUUCCGCUUCUCUCAUCUUCAUGUGCAUGGAUUACGAUUUCUAUGACUUCACUACCUUCUGCUAUUUGACGACUGUGAUGGCUUUUGUAACACCAUGGAGCAUCUCACUCGCACUUACCGACACAUACUCUGUCUUACUCAAACAACUUCCUCAUGAAGCAAGAGUUGUGUCCAUGGUUGUCGCCGGUGAUUUCAUACUGUCGUUUCUUUCUUUGGGUGGGGCUUGUGGUGUAGCCAGUGCAACGGAGCUGCUUUCGUCUAUUGGUGCACCGAUCUGCGGAGAUAGCCAAUGUAGUCAAUACCAAGCAUUUAGAUGUUCGAAUGAGUCAGGAGUAAACAAGGAGACGAUAUCAAAAUACAUGGACACGUCGGGAAUACAACCAUAUGUAAUAAACAGGAAUAUAAUCGUUUAUUUUAAUCAGAGACGUGGGGAUGAUGAUCCUCGUUCUAGAAACAAUAGUGUUUCGCGUAGAUGCAAAGUCUGUGAAUGGGAUCUUGUUCAUACUGCUGCCUUGUUCUGUUCCGUAGAAUGCAAGUUUAGGAACGCUCUUGGAUCACAACUGAAUGAGCUUAUGGAGAAUUCGUCAGAAGAUGUUAUGGAGAAUUCGUUAUAUGAUGUUGUUGAGCCUAUCGUGAAGACAAAACGUAGGAGGAAAGGGAUUCCAUAUAGAUCUCCAUUCUACUAG